GGUAUAUCAGUUGUGAAAACACGAUUUACAAACCUGACAUUAUUAACGAUAAUAUUGACGCGGAGGGCAAUUUGACCAAGAAACAUUUCUAUAUGGACCAAAAUGUACGCGAAAUAGGCCACGAUCUAGACAUUGUUAAAAAUGACCAUGCCGAAUCGCAGUCUGCCAUGUUACUUCAGAUAACUAAUUUGACCGAGCGUCAAUCGCGCAUGGAAGAUGAUAUAAUUGAUGUGGGUGAUCAAGAUAAUAAU